AUGCAAAGAGAGGAAGAAAGCUAUUCAUGAAGAGAGCGAAAAAUCAGGAUUAAAGGAGAAUUUUUUAAGCAACAAAGACUUGGUGAAAUUAUUCAUAAAUCCAAAAUGAACAUGAUGAAUGAAAAACAAGAAAAUUUUUAUUUGAUUAUUUUUCAAGUAUUUUAUCUUUGAAUGGUAAAUUAUUGCAAAAUUGGAUCUGCCAAGUGAAAUUUCCAGGUAAAUAAAAAUUUUAAAAAUUAUCUUAAUUAA